AGAAAACAACUCCGGUCAACAUGAACACUUUGAUUUGCGCUGUCUUCGCCGUCAUCGCGGUUUCCGCAUCCGCCGCGCCAGUUGACAACACACCAGUGCCUAUAAUAGCGUACAGCGCCGAUGGACCGAACGUAGAUGGCUCGUACGUCUUCACCUACGAAACUGGAAACGGCAUUAAGGUGGAGGAGCACGGUCAGCUGAAGCAAGUGAACGACACGAAUUCGGUAGUGGUCGUUCAAGGAUCGUUCAGUUAUCCAAAUGCAGAGGGAUCUCCUGUCGCGUUGACGUACGUCGCCGACGAAAAUGGCUUCCAGCCGCAGGGUGAACAUCUUCCAACCCCUCAUCCGAUCCCGGCCGCGAUUCUCAAAGCUUUGGAGUACAUCGCAGCCCAUCCGGAGCAAGACAAUGUGCGCUGAUCUACGCAAUACACGAAUAACAAUAAAAGUAGAAAUAAGGCGUAAUUGACCCGACGAUGGAUCGAGUGCGAAAGUUUCGAGACUCAUCGUUACGCAGUGUAUUUUUUUUUUUUAUAUAUAUAUAGACUUUACUUAAUUUUUCUAUUUUUUUUUCGUCAUCAAACCAUCAGUUAAGUCGUUAUUAACGUAAUGAGUCAUGUGAAACAACGCGACAUUGCUUGAUUUUUUUUUUUUUUUUUUUUUAGAAGAUAUGGAUAUAUAAUUAAAGUUACAAAUCGUGAUUCGAUAACGUGAUUGAUGCCUACAAUAAUGGUUGUGUAUAAAUAUUUGUCUCAAUUAUACAAUAAAUUUUUAAGUGUUUAAAUUGAACUUGUAUCUUUUUAAGUCUGAUCCUUUCUUAUGCUGGAAAUGUGAUUAUUAAAUGAGAAUUAUAACGCAUUAAUUAAAUGAAAAAUAAUUCUUCUUUUAAGGAGAAUUAAUUUUAAAUUUAUUUAGAUAGAAAUUUGGAAAAUUCUUUUAAAAUUGUUGUGAAUAUAAAAUGAUAAAUAUAUAAAUUUAAGAUCUGUUUAUUGC